UGACAGAUCUGAGCAUUACAAGCAACAACAGCAACUUUACCACUGACAGAAGCAGCUCGGAGCCUGUGGAGGACACCGACACCACCAGUUUUGUGGCUGAGAUUUCCUUGGAGGCCAAUUACCCCGUCCAAGUCACCGAUCCUCACGAUGCUGUAACUCUGCACCUGAGCUCCAUGCCCUCCAGAUACCUGAACCCCUCCCCAGAAAGCAGGAUACGGCAGCCAGUUGAAGAUUUAGAGGACUGCACGUGCCCAACAUCUACUUCUCCAGACUGCCCCAAAGAACUGCAGAUGUUGAGCAGUCCCUGUGAAAAAUGCUGCUACCCGGCUCCGCCUCCCAAGAUCAGCGACCUCAUGAACGACAAAGACCUGCUGGACAUCCUGCGACUGAAACUGGACCCAAACCACUGCACCAUAAAAAACUGGAAGAACUUUGCGAGUCGUUGGGGGAUGAGCUAUGACGAACUGACCCUGCUGGAGCACAGGACCCAGGGCUCGUUGUCGCACAGCCCGACCCAGGAGUUCCUGCUGCGCUACAACCAGAAGACGGUCACCGAGCUCACAGAACUGUGCCGCAUCUACCAGCGCAUUGACGUGCUGCGACUGCUGCAGAGCUGGAUCGAAAAGGACUGGCCUUCACGGUGGCAGCAGACUCAUUAACCCCUAAAUAUUUAUCCAGUCUCUUAUUUUUCUGGGGGGGUGGGGGGGUGGUAGUCCUAAAGAGACGUGGAGGUAAAAAAAAUUUGCACCGGUGGGCACCACUUGGUAUCAAGUGCGCAUCUUUCUAGUACCGUACAUGAGCAUUUUGUUUGGGCAGAACCAGUACUUACUUUUAUUACUUCUAUGUCCCUUUAGGGCACCCGUAGUUUUUCUUUGGGAUUGAUUGAUUGUUUGUUUUCUUGGAUCCGCUCUAAAUUCUUUUGAGAUUUUUUUUAGUACAAAUCACUGGAAAACUGGAAUCUUUGUGUAGAAAGUGUCAAAUACUGCUGACCUCAUUGUGUUUCUUUCAUUCGCUGUUGUUGAUUAUAGUGAAAAGAUGGACGCCACAUUCUUCACGGCUUCAUUUGCCCACUUCUUUUUCACAAAAAAGGUCCAACUGACAAGGUGUCAGUGCACACCUUGACCUCAAUAGCAAAUAAUCCCAACACCCACUGAAAAUCGUCUUUUUAACGUGUUCUUGUGGCAUUUUUCUCACAAUGGAGGACAUAUUGAGCCUAAAGUUGCAUUUCUGAGUGUUACAGUUUGAAAAAGCUUGUAGAAGUCCAAGAAAAUGACAGUUUUUUUAUGGCUAAAAACAGCAUAAAUGUAAUUAAAAGACUACUGGGAAUGCUUUACAAUAGAGCCAGUUAUGAUCUAAGGGGGACUUAAAGUGCAAAAAAUUGUAUCAUUGUGAAACUUAAAGGGUUGGAAUCAGUUGGUCACCACGAUGAUGGAGAUGGUAAAGACUGAUGGAACAGCAGAGUUGAUGGGUGGAUAGACCUCAUGAACAUCUGUUUGUGAGUCUACAGUGCUCCUUACUGUGAUGUAAAACCUGGUGACGACCCGUUUAAACUUACCUUAUGGCUUUGCCUCGAGCAGGACUUCCUGAUACACACAAAUAUGGUAACAUUUACAUUUAUUCUUGAAAAACCUUUCUAUGAGGCAUUUAUGAGCUGUGUUAACUUAGAUCAUAAAAGUCAAAUAAAGAAGGAUUUCCUGUUAAGUGUUUUGUUUUGUAAAAGUUCUAGAAAAAACAACAAAAAAACAUUACCGGAAGGAAGUGGCUUUGUCAAAGUCUACUGUCUACCAUAAAAACAUGAAGCUGGUGUCAUCUCUGUGUCAGUA